CAAGGUCCUGUUUCAAUCACUGGCGUCAGACAGACGCACGACACCAACAGAAUCAUUUUCACCUUCUCCCGAACAAAGUAAAUAUUGAUUGAAACGCAAGGCAUUACCGAGCAACUUUGUGGGAGUUUUAAUUUGAAAGUGCUUCACGGGACUUAAAGAAUAUCCCUCGUCGUGUCACUUUGAGGGUCCGACGGAAUUUUUCGCUUUUACCACGACUGGGAGAUAAAACUUUCCCUCUGUUAUAUCAGGCGGCUCGGAAAAGACACCCGCCUAUGACCUUCAUGUCUGAGAUUAUUGCUACAUUUACAGGAUCCAAGAUAAUUUGAUACAAUUUCAGGCUCUUUACCAACUUCGACUUUUUCCCUUUUCUUUGAAUGCAUUGCAAAUAUGAUGAUGUCACCGACGCCAGUUUUUCCUGAAGUUAUGGCGGAGCAGAACUUUUCUAACUUCUCUUGACCAUUGCAAGCACUUGGCUUUACUAAUGGAGCACCUCCAGGGAGCGUGGAAGACCCUGAGCAACGGCUUCGGAAUGAAGGAUUCUGCAUUUGAGGGCCCGUGCCUUUCCCCAACCAUGGUCCAGGGCUUUUCCUGCCAGCGUCGCUCCUCAGAUGACAGCAAGAUGCCCGACUCUAAGACGAGCAGCACUAUCCGUGUCUACCUCCCAAACCAACAGCGCACUGUGGUGAACGUGCGACCAGGUAUGACUCUGCAAAGUUGCCUGAUUAAAGCAUUAAAGGUGCGAGGUCUGCAGCCUCAGUGCUGCGCCGUCUUCAGGCUGCACCCAGGGCAGAGGAGUAAAAAAUUCCGGAUGGAUUGGAACACUGACUCCACCUCGCUUAUUGGGGAAGAGCUACUGGUGGAGGUUUUAGAUCAUGUUCCUUUGACGACCCAUAAUUUUGUCCGGAAAACAUAUCUAAAACUAGCGUUCUGUGAUAUUUGCCAGAAGUUUCUUUUGAAUGGUUUCCGUUGCCAAACGUGUGGAUACAAAUUCCAUGAGCAUUGUAGCACCAAAGUGCCCACAAUGUGUGUGGACUGGAGCAAUAUCAGACAACUCCUGUUGUGCCCAACACCUGGUGAGAGCAGUGCCCCAUCACUGCCCUCGCUCACAUCCCGGCGAAUGAGAGAAUCCUUAACACGGUUUCCAAGCUCAGCCCACCGAUAUUCCACCCCUCAUGCCUUCAACUACACCACGCCCUACCCACCCACAGGCGGCGGUCUCUCCCAGAGGCAGCGCUCCACUUCCACGCCCAAUGUCCACAUGGUCAGCGCUACCCUCCCUGUAGACAGCAGCAUGAUUGAGGAUGCGAUGCGUGAUCAUGACUCGGCGGGGAGUUCCCCCAGCCAGAGCCCUACAGGCUGGUCCCAGUCCAAAGCCCCUGCACCUGCCCAGCGAGAGAGGGCCACGUCCUUCAACACUCAGGAGAAAAAUAAAAUUAGGCCUCGGGACAAGAGGGACUCUAGUUACUACUGGGAGAUCGAGGCCAGUGAGGUGUAUCUGAGCUCCCGCAUUGGUUCAGGCUCCUUUGGAACUGUUUACAAAGGGAAAUGGCAUGGUGAUGUAGCAGUGAAGAUUUUAAAGGUGAUUGACCCCACACCAGAGCAGUUCCAGGCAUUCAGAAAUGAAGUGGCAGUCCUGAGGAAAACACGACAUGUCAACAUCCUGUUGUUCAUGGGCUACAUGACGAAGGACAACCUGGCCAUAGUGACCCAGUGGUGUGAGGGCAGCAGCCUCUACAAACAUCUUCACGUCCUGGAGACAAACUUCAAGAUAAUCCAACUCAUAGACAUUGCAAGGCAGACAGCUCAGGGCAUGGACUAUCUGCAUGCAAAGAACAUCAUUCAUCGUGACAUGAAGUCCAACAACAUCUUCUUGCAUGAAGGGCUAACGGUGAAAAUUGGGGACUUUGGUCUUGCCACGGUGAAGGCCAGGUGGAGCGGUUCACAUCAGGUGGAGCAGCCUUCUGGAUCCAUUCUCUGGAUGGCUCCUGAGGUUAUCCGGAUGCAGGAUAACAAUCCCUACAGCUUCCAGUCUGAUGUCUAUUCCUAUGGAAUUGUUCUCUUUGAGCUCAUGACAGGAGAGCUCCCAUACUCUCAGACAGCAAACAGAGAUCAGAUUAUCUUCAUGGUGGGAAGAGGCUAUUUGUCCCCAGACCUCAGUAAGCUCUACAAGAACUGCCCUAAAGCCAUGAAAAGGUUGGUGGCCGACUGCAUCAAGAAGUCUAAGGAUGAGAGGCCGCUCUUCCCGCAGAUCUUGUCCUCCAUUGAGCUUCUCCAGCAUGCCCUCCCCAAGAUAAACCGCAGUGCCUCAGAACCGUCCCUGCACAGAGCCUCUCACACUGAGGAUAUCAAUGCCUGUACUCUGACCUCUACCAGACUGCCUGUUUUCUAGAGGCUCAGACAGCACUGCCCCUCCUCCUCGCCUUACACUUUCCCUCCUCCUCUUUGAAAUAUCCAAAAUAGUCCAAAUGCUCAGUACGCCCAAAUUCUCUACAUGCAGAUGCCAAUAUAGACCUGAAAGUGUACGUGCAAUCAUACAUAAGCCUAGCCUAGUGCUAAUCAAUAAAAUGUGUGAGGAGAGAGGGAAGUGCAGAGAGAAUUGCACCUGAGAUUUGUUACGGAAGGAAGUGAGUGAGGAUGGAUUGCAGUGGGAUGUACACAUGAAGAGGCUUGGCAUAAGAUACAUCAAGGUGGUGCCUUGCUUAUCGCUGCACGUAUUAAGAAGUACGCAGAGGCUCCACGGUGGCAGUGCAUUUGGUAAAAUUUGUAAAUACAUGCACGCACACCUGCCUAUGACAACCAUAAAUGGACACUGAAGGAAGCUCGAGAGAAACAUGAGAUGUGUCUCUCUUGAUUUGGGUUCUGUGAUGUGAAGCACACCCUUCUAUCUGGCCACCCUGGUUUCUGAUGAAGAGGACCUUUAAAGCUCACAUGCCUUAAGAGGAAACAAAGCCUGGACUAAGGUCCCGCACAAUUCACCUCCUGUUGUUGUCACAAACAAAGCCGUUGGAUGUAGUCCAUUUAGUUGCACAGUAGUAGUUGAUUUUUGCAUCGUCUUAAAUGAUAAUAUAGUAGAAAUGGGAAAUUGUUGUCUUUUUUGGUGUUUUUUUUUUUUUUUUUGUCUUUGACUUCUUUUAAUUGUCUUUUUUGGGGGGGUCAUUCUGGAGGAAUUAUAGCCUGUCAGACAGCGAGCAUGAACGAUAAUAGAAAAAUUUAAUUUGCACAUAUUAGCAAAAGCAAUGGUUGUUUCAAAUGUCUACACAUGGGCUUCAUAGCUCUGAGUGAACUGAUAUGUAGAUACACAAACAUUCUUAUCAGUCCUUACCAUGGGUAGCUUAUCAGGAGCUGGACAUUUGGCAAUUGUCUUAAAUAUUUAAAAUGAUUUGGAAACUAAUUUGUAUUUGUUUAUCAUGUCUCUUUCAGGAGGUUAAACAUUUUCUUUUGAACUUGGUGAGAACUUGUCUAUUCAAUAUUUUAAUAAAAUUAAGUUAAAUUUCUUUGCCAAAGAA